AAGUUAAUUCUGAAAAGCAUUGUUUAUGUAUUAAAUUAGAAUGUAAUUUUUUAAAUUACUUUUUUAGAUUACUCGAAAUAACAAUUACAACAGGGUUCAUCAAACAAAUUUAAUAUUUUAUUUGUAAGUUAAAUUGAUUUAAAUAACAAAGGACUGCUUUUUAUAUAAGCAUGCGUAUUUUUUUACAAUUUUUUAAUAUAAAUUUUUAAGUUAGAAAAAAGAUAUAUAUGACAAUUUAAAUUACAAAGUUUGUUCGAAAAAUAACCAGUUGAAAUUAAAACCUGACGUUUAAAAUUAAUAGAGUUAAUUUUAUUUUAACUUUAAUUUUUUUUUUAUUGCUUUCUUAAAGCAUUAAUCUCAUCGAAAUCUCGAACAAACACCUUGCACCUUCCCUAAAACAGACUGCAUUUGGUUUCCGCUGCAACUUCAGUUCGUAGGUAAGAUUGCCGCGUGUCUUCGAAUCUUUGCUGCAAUAUUGCUGCGAAUAUCCCGUCUUUCCGUAACCGUCUACACGGAACAUUACGUGUUUUGCGAUCGGCAAGACAUUGUCGCGAUAACGGCAAUUUCGUAAGAUCGCAUCGCGCGUUCCGAAAGCUUCUCCCAGUCCGCGAUCGCACGCGAUCGUCCGACGACCCGAAGGAUCGAACAAAAAAAAAAUCGCGUCGCGCGCGACGUUUGCCCGAGAGACGACCGGACCUACGUUCGGCACGUCCCGGGGACGUCCUUCAUCCUGGACAUUGCGUCCUCGAAAAUAUGGCAAUGUGAUCGUUGCGAUUGUUAGCUGCCGUUUUUACCAUGGACAUGAGCGUUGGGGAUAUCGACGACGUGUCCUUCCGCCUGGGGGAGAUGUUUGACAGCUACGAGGAGCUGGAACAGAAGCUAGAUAGAGUCUCAAGGCAUAGCCUGGUGCAUUACUGGAGGCGAGACAGCCGAACAGUAAGCGGGGCUCAUAUGAAGACUGCGCGGCCCAUCAGUGAGCGAUUGAAGUAUUAUUCUGUCAAGUAUGCAUGUAUCUAUGGUGGCCAGAAGUUUCUCCCACGUGGCGCUGGCAGGAGACAAUCUCAGUCCAUACGAACAAAUUGUCCUGCUCACAUUAUGGUCAGAGCAUCUAAAGAUGGUACCAAGCUGGAAGUGACUAGUGUCAAUAAUGAACAUAAUCACGAAAUUUCAGAGGAUCUAUUUAAGAAACUUCCUCAAGAGAGAAAACUUUGCGGUGAAAUUAAAGAAGAAGUUCAAGAUCUCAUGCAACUACAUAUUGAUCGUAAGAGAUUGAAAGAGUACGUGCGAUUACGCACCAAUAAGGUACUUCGGUCCAAAGACCUGUUCAAUAUAGCAGCAGCUAAUAAGCAGAAAAAAGAAAUCUCAAUAGAACGAGCAUAUCACUUAUUUGAAAAGAUUCGUAAUAUCGAAAAGAUGCAGUCAAGAGGUGAUAAUAAAAAAAUGUAUUCCGAGUCAGAGGACGAGAUGGCACAGACCAUAAAAAGAAUGAAGAAGGAGCAGGAUUCUACCUGGAAUCAAGAUGGAUUGUCGACGGAGUUGGAAGCGAGCGAGGGAAACGACGGCGAAGACUCUUACAGUGGUCAACUGACGCAGGAGGAGGUAGUCGACGAGAUUGACACGAAUGAGGGCGAAUUGUUGACAGCGAACAAUGAGGGCGACAUAAUAGCGGCCGACGGAGAAAUAGUAGGCGAGCUGGUAAUGGAAAACGGUGAUCCGUCGGUGAUAGUCGAAUCUAUCGUUAACGCAGACGGUUCCGUUUUCGUCGACGAUCGAGAAUUCAACUACUGUAACAAUCACUUGUCGCAUACAGUAGAUGACAGCCAAUCGCCGCAGCCACGUGUUCUAGACAUAGAACCUAUUACUUCCACCACUACUAUCGAAAAUAUCACGAAAGAAACGUCUGCUUCGUCCAAUGAUAAAAUCGAUCCUUUGGCGCUUCAUCAAUCACCGAAGUCAUCUGGUAGCUUCCAAGGGACAGAUUCAAGAAUUUGGAUCAUGAAGGAGGGCACUUCCAUGGAAACGGAUAGCGGGCCCGAAAGUGAAACGAACGUGACGACCAAGCCAGUCUCAACGAUGAAAACACCGGACGCGGAAACACCCGAGGCUGUACUUUCAGACGAGACGAGUCAUCAACUGCUUCAAGAACAGUUAGCAGUACUUCGCGCCGAGAAAGGGAAGCUGUAUCACGAGACAGAAAUGCUGAAACUGAAGAAGGACAAGCUGAAACUGCAGAUCAAUUGCUACUCAAACGAAAUAAAGAAGCAGGAGAUGGAAAGAGAAAAGUUGAGGCUGGAGAUCAAGUUGCUUCAGUCCAAAGUCAUGGAAGACACUAACGAUGUUUCUCAUUACAUCUUUGUGCCCUGAACUCUCUGAUUGUUAUAAAGUGACUGUAAAUAAUGUCUUAGAUUGUUCAACUAAACUCGUUUUCAUGUGACUACUGGAAAUCAGUUGUACAUAAUCUAUACAGAUAUAUAUUAGUUGAUUAUUGAAAUGGAUCUGUUAUAAACUUGUGUUGGAAGCAGAAAAGAAGUUUGUUUAUAAUUUUGAGAGAGAGAGAGAGAGAGAGAGAGAGAAUUUUUCAUUGAUUGUAAAGCAUGUGAUAAUGUAAAAUUUUAUAGAAAUACUAAUUUUAUUUUAUUUUAUUACAA